GGCCUCGUCUUCCGGUUCCGGGUGGCUGGGCAGGUGCGGGCGACGCUGCGGGCGCGCGGGGGACCGGCCGGGCAGGUGUCGCGCUCCUGGCACGCGCGCGCGCAGCAUGACUGGUGUGCCCACGAUCGCGCUCCCGGAGCUGCGCGCGCUCCUGGCGACGGGCCGGGUCCGGCUUAUCGACGUGCGUACGCGGGAGGAGGUGGCGGCUGGCACCAUCCCCGGCGCGCUCAACAUCCCGGUGUCGGAGCUGGAGGCCGCCCUGCAGAUGGAACCCGCAGCCUUCCGCGCUGCCUACACCGCCGAGAAGCCGGAGCCGGGGGAGGAGAACCUGGUUUUCUUCUGCCAGAUUGGCAAGCGGGGUGCCCUGGCCACGCAGCUGGCCCAGCGCUUGGGCCACAACGGGUACUGGCCGGUGAAGGGGAGGAUGGAGGGGCGCGCCCGACUCUUCCCCCGUCCCGUCCCUCACCCCCUGUCUCCGCAGGGCCCGGAACUACGCAGGGGCCUAUAGAGAGUGGGCCCAGGAGUGCGGCUAGAGGAGUGGGCAGCUGGUGACCCUCCCUGGCACCUGGGAAGGAAGUGGUGUGAGCCCCCUAUGCCCCCCAAACCGCCCAACAAUAAACGUUCUCAUUCAGA